CGGCCCUAACUGUGGGCAGUCCUGCCCAUCUGGUCGCUAUGGUAGUAACUGUACUGGGUCUGCCAGUGUCUGAAUGGAGGGAACUGUGACCCUAUCACUGGCGAGUGUAAAUGUCCACCAGGCUUUAUGGGCAGGAAGUGUGCUGUGGGAUGCUCUGCUCUGUCAUUUGGUCAUAACUGUAAAGGGGAGUGCAGAUGUGGGGAACAUGGCCGCUGUGACCCGGUCACAGGAGCAUGCCAUUGUGAUUUAGGGUGGAUGGGAGAGGAGUGCAGUGAGAAAUGCCCUGCUGGCAGAUAUGGACCUGGUUGCCGUCACACCUGUGCUUGUCAGAAUGGAGCGUCCUGUGACCCACUUAGUGGAUGUUGUACAUGUCAGAGAGGAUUCUACGGCCAGUACUGCGAACUGAGCUGCCCUGAAGGAACACAUGGCUUGUACUGUGACCAGAAAUGUGACUGUACUAAUGGUGCAAGGUGCGAUCCCUCUACUGGCCAGUGUAUAUGUAAAGAUGGUUUCAUGGGAGAUAACUGUAAUAAAGUUUGCCCAUUGGGUUCCUUUGGGCGUAACUGCCGGGAGCGAUGUGAGUGUGGUCAGUUUGCGUGUGACUCCCUGACAGGAGAGUGUCAGUGCCCCCCGGGCUUCAGAGGGGUCAGGUGUGCUACAGCUUGCUCACCUGGGAGAUACGGGCCGGGCUGCGACUACUUCUGCAGCUGCCAUAACGGUGCGUCAUGUGACCCAGUGACGGGAGCGUGUCAGUGUCUAGAGGGCUGGGUCGGCCCCAACUGCCAGUACAGGCAAAGCAUCUCUAAAAGACACAGCAAAUCUCAUGUGCCCGACCUGGUCCCAGACGGGGAGACGUUCCAUGGGCUGAGAAUUACAGCUGAGGAGGCGGAGGAGAAUUUGCUCAAUUGAUGCUGUCGUAGAUAGUCAACGUCUCUGUGUUGUUGUCAAAACUUUACAUAACAUUGAUCUCCUUGGCCAGUCUCAGCUGCUGUGAGUCACUGCCAAAUGUGGAAGAGUCCAUAAUUCUGAGGAAGAGUCCAUAAUUCUGUGGAAGAGUCGGCAAGGCUGUGGACAUUAAAUAUAAAGGUUUUGCAUCUGCAGGACAUAUAAAAGUCAGCUGGGGUGUAAAUGCUUGCAGAUCUUAUACAAUGUGGCUGAUGUUCACAAGAAAAAGACGAGAUAUCAGAUGUGCAUACUUGAUAUCAGUGGUAUCAAAGACUAGACUUCAAGUGCAAAGCAAUGAUAUCGAUUGUAAGGACUUCAUGAUGUAUGCUACAUGUAAAAGGACACUUUUAAAUAAAAAGACUUGAUAUCGAAUGUAAGGAAAGGGUAUCAGAUGUAUACAAUUGAUAUCCGUUGUAAAAACUCUGAUAUCAAAUAUAUAUGGCACGAUACAAAAUCCAGGGGCUUGAUAUCUGCAAAAAGAAAACUUUGUGAUAUCAACUGACUGUGAAGAAUAUAUAACAUGUUGAGUUUCAAUUGUUUUGAAAAGAGUGGCUGUAUUAAUUUCAAGUUUUCUGGACAGUAUGGCCAGAAUUCCCGGAGCCUAAAUGUGACAACAUGAUGUGAAGAUGAAAUCUUUCUCUCUGAUUGGAUCCUAUAAGAUGAGCUGUGAAAUGAGAAGGCCAGUGAUUGGAUAUGUAGAUGUUACAGAUUUUCUACUCCGUUAAGCAUCUAUUUGAUUGAUCAGUAGUUUAGCCAGUGGUAAUGUGUAGAUCAUUCAGCCGAUGAGAAUGUAGACCUUUAUAGUUCAACCCAUCUCUAAUGAGAACCUUUUUCUCUUUACACAUUUUCAUAUUAAUGUGACCUGUUAACUCUUCUUUAGCUGGUAACUAAUUGUUUCUGUGUAAUAUUUCAGUUUUCCUCUACAAAGCAUAGUUCACUCUUUUUUUUUUUAUUUUUGUGAAAAGUUGGCCAAUUUUCAGUGUUUCUUGACAAUCCACUUUGAUUGUUCAUGAUGAUAUGCACAUGUUUUUUUGUACUUACAUAGUGAGCGCACUAUCUGUUGAUAUUGGUGAGCAAUCUCCAUGUUUACUCACAACGUGAGAGUUAAGCAGUCUGUAGUCGUGAUAGUGGGUGUAACUCUAGUUGUCAGGGGUGAAGAAUUAUGACCAUUCUUGAUAUAGUUAUGCAAAAAAGAGGCUUCAGAGUUAACUUGAAGGUUUUGAUUUCGAGAGAGAAUAACAAAUUUUAUGUGACAUUUUGGAGUGAUUACAUAAUUUGUAUCGUUAUGAUAACAGUAAAAAUGUCAAGGUCGCACUGUGGUCAAGGUCAUUAAGGUAUAGAAGAAAAAAAGCGUUCAUAAUGGACAGAUUAGUUGUGCUGCAGAAAUUGUAAUUUCUGAGGUAUACAUGUAUGUGUGUUCUACAAAAGCAAUGAUAAUAUGUUCUUUACAUGACGCUACAUACGCUGUACUGUGCAUGUGCAUCAGUACAGUUGAGUGCAGCUUUCUGGCUGUUGUGUGAUAUUGUAAUGCAGGCUGUCAUAAGUCACCAGAAAGAUGGACACAAGAUAACUUGCUGAUGAUUUCUGUGAGGGGAUUGUUCAGGAGUCAGGUGUAGACAUUUGGUCAGUGUUUGCAAGGUGGCUUCUCAGUAUCAUGUCUUGCUUUUCAGUGUGUCAACUACUUUCAUGACGACAUUGUAGUCAGGUGUAGACUUUUGGUCAGUGUUAACAGAGUGACUUCUCAGUAUCAUGUCUUGCUUUCCAGUGUGUCAGCUGUUCUCAUGAUGACACUGUGGCUUGGUGUAGGCAUUUGAUCAGUGUUUACAAAGUGACUUCUCAGUAUCGUGUCUUGCUUUCCAAUGUGUCGGCUGUUCUUAUGAUGACACUGUGGUCUGGUGUAGGCAUUUGAUCAGUGUUUAUAAAGUGACUUCUCAGUAUCAUGUCUUGCUUUCCAGUGUGUCAGGUGUUCUCAUGAUGACACUGUGGUCUGGCGUAGACAUUUGAUCAGUGUUUACAAAGUGACUUCUCAGUAUCGUGUCUUGCUUUCCAGUGUGUCAGGUGUUCUCAUGAUGACACUGUGGUCUGGCGUAGACAUUUGAUCAGUGUUUACAAAGUGACUUCUCAGUAUCGUGUCUUGCUUUCCAGUGUGUCCGCUGUUCUCAUGAUGAUACUUAGGUCUGGUGUAGACAAGUGACCUGUCAGCAUCUGUCUCGGUUUCCAGUAUAUCAACUUCAGUUCUCUUCAUUAUGACACUGCCACUGAAUUGUUUAUUUAAAAUAUGUUGGUAUUGUAAUAACAUCCUGUAUUAAAUGUUUAUUGGUUAUUGCUCUGUUUUAAUAUAUAUACAUGUACCCAUAUGUUGAAAUGUGUUACACAUUCUGCGAUGUCUCAGUCCGUAUAUAUAUAUAUAUAUCUUAAUGUGCAGUUCUGACUCAUAAUUUUGUAAUGUACUUUCAAUUCUUGAUGUUUGUGUAACAGUCUUUUUGAAGGAAAUUUUUAAUGCAUUAUUGAGCUUUUUACUGUCACUUUUAUGUUUCUUUUUUUCAUUUUUUUUUUGUACUGAUUUUUGUUACGUAAACAUUUACAAGUAUAAUAAUGUAAAGAAAUACAUUUCCCAGCCAAGUUUAAAUGGUUCUGUGUGAUGAUUCUUGACAGUGUUCCAUUAAUGGGGUCUGUGUAAAAUUAAUAGUCAAAAUUUGAAGUCAGUUGAAACAAACUAAGGCAAUUGAUUGUUCCUUUUGACAGAAGAUCUGUAACUUCAGGUAUACAUCAGGCUUUCUUACGUAGGAAGUUUCCAAGGUGAUGAUCAAGUUUGUAAACAGGGUGAUGGUGAAGUUUGUAAACAUUUAUACAUCUGAAAUUUGUUUACGUCUCAGAAAGUCUGAUUCCACUGAUAUAGUUAUUUGGAAAGUACCCUGUGGUUUGAGCUUUCAUGAAAAGCCAGUGUAUAAGUAUUUUAGGUUGAGCCAAUUUUUCUGAUUUGCUAAAAUUUUGUUUUCUAAGCUUGUGAAAAUAAACUUGGCUCCUAAAAUAUUGUUUAUGAAUUUAUUUUACCCUCAGGUUUGUGUGCCAAUAACAUUGCCUAUAAAUGAGAUAUUCCCCAUUUUUUUUCUCCUUUAUUUUUGUUUGUGCAGGACAUUUUUCUCACAUUCACACUUUUCUGCAGGACAGUUUCUCACGUUCACAUUACCUCACAUGAUCUAAACAGCACCACCAUACAGUCCAGUAUUUACUUUGUGAUAUUUACUGUUGUGGAAAUUUAAUUAGGCAACCAAGACAUAAUUGUAAUCUGUCAAUGAAGGGCUUGGUGCCUGUGGACUACACUAAUAGUUAACAAAGCCUUGUAAUGCAUGGAAUGUUGGGUCAACAUUUCUGUGUUGUUAUCAUUAUAUAAGGAUGAGGCGACAUGAAUACACACUGGCAGCUCCUUGUUACUUAUGUACAACUGUGCACCAGUCUACUGGACGCUGUAUAGCGCCUUAUUACUUAUGUACAGCUAUGUACCAGUCUACUGGACGCUGCAUAGCGCCUUAUUACUUAUGCACAACUGUGCACCAGUCUACUGGAUGUUGCAUAGCUCCUUAUUACUUAUGUACAACUGUGCACCAGUCUACUGGACGCUGCAUAGCU